AUGAGCUGUGAAAUUGUGACGGGCCCUCGUGCAGUCGCCUCAGCCUCCCCGCCACAGGGGGGUGGUGACCGUUCCGUCCGAGGUGAAUGGACGGCGGCACUGUCUGUUAGGCUAGCGGCUGACGGGCGGGCAGGUAUUUUUAGCGACUCAUCGCGCUGGGAGGGUCUUCUCUCCCCCUGGAAUCUGCCCAGCCCGCCUCUAGCAUUCCUCGCUUUGGGCCACGCACCACGACGUCUUGCGGACGACAGUCUGGACUCUGGAACCCCCGUCAACACCCGAGGCAUCAAGGCUGGAAUCCAUUGCUUUUUCCACAGCUUUGUCAAACGACGGCCAUCUGGCUUCGCCGUUCGAGAUCGCCUACGUGAAGCAGCAUCCGGGCAGGGCGGCGUCGGCGGCGACCCAUUGGCUGGCGAGGCUGAGGCAGGCAGCUCGACUCGUGGGGGACCUGGGGGGAGCCGAGAUGCGGAAGCCCGGCACGGGGGCCCAUGGAUCACGGCGUUGGGCGAGCUGGGGGCGAUGCAAAUGCCGUCUCGGGUUGCACGACAGAUGAAAGACAUGGACAGGCAGACCUCGAGAACGCAGGCUCCUCCUGGCUGUGGCUGA